AUGUCUCUCAGAGGUUUUAUAUUUUGCUGUUUGUUUGCUAUUAGCAUAGCACAGAAUGAGACUAAUAAUAAGCUUUUUCCUGAAGACUUCCUAUUUGGUGCAGCCACAUCUGCCUAUCAAGUAGAGGGUGCAUGGAAUGAAGACGGCAAAGGUGAAAAUAUUUGGGAUCGUUAUACGCACACUCAUCCUGAAAUAGUUGUUAAUAACGACAAUGGUGAUGUAGCUUGUGACUCUUAUCACAAGUACAAAGAAGAUGUGGCUAUGUUGAAAGAAUUAGGCGUUGAUUUUUAUCGAUUUUCUCUAUCCUGGUCAAGGAUACUUCCUACAGGGUUUGUAAAUAAAAUUAAUCUUCCCGGAGUGACGUACUAUAAGAACCUAAUCAAAGAACUAAAAGACAACGGCAUCGAGCCCCUAACUACCAUAUUCCACUGGGACCUGCCGCAACCCUUACAGGACUUGGGCGGAUGGAAAAGUGAAUUCGUAGUGGAAGCUUAUGUAGAAUACGCGAGGCUAUGUUUCGAACUCUUUGGAGAUGACGUAAAGUACUGGCUAACAUUUAACGAACCCAAGCAAAUUUGCCCAAUUGUGUCAGGAAUUUUAUCGCCAGGGAUAGGGGAGUAUAUAUGUGGUCACCAUAUACUCAAGGCUCAUGCUAGGGCUUGGCAUAUAUAUGAUCAAGAAUUUAGAGCUACACAGAAUGGAAAAGUAUCAAUCACUAUUGAUUCUAAUUGGCAAGAACCUGCGUCUGACAGUGAUGAAGAUAUAGCUGCUGCUGAAAGAUCAUUACAAUUCACUUAUGGAUGGUACGCAAAUGCUAUUUACAACAGCGACUAUCCAGAAAUAAUGAAGACCCGCAUUGCAGAACGUAGUUUAGCUGAAGGCUUCAACCGAUCCCGUCUUCCAUCAUUCACCGACGAAGAAAUCUCUUACAUUAGCGGCACUUUCGAUUUCAUGGGUACCAAUAUGUAUACUUCGUACCUAGUAGAAGCUAUGGACGAAGUACCAAUCGGAGACCCAAACUACAAUUACGAUUUGGGUGUUAAAACCUACCAACCAGAUGAUUGGGAGGCAUGCACCGCUCCUUGGUUGAGGCUUACUCCAUGGGGAAUAAGAAAAUUUUUAAACUGGUUGAAGGAGACAUACAACAAUCCAGCAAUUAUAAUUACAGAGAAUGGUGUCGUAGAUGAUGGUUCCACCUUAGAAGAUGAUCAGAGAGUCCGUUACUACAGAGAUUAUCUCAGCAAUGUAAGAAGUGCUAUAGAGGAUGGAGUGAAUGUAAUUGGCUACACUGCAUGGAGUCUUAUGGAUAACUUCGAAUGGCAAUAUGGUUACACGCAAAAAUACGGUCUCUUCCAUGUAGAUUUCGAUGACAUUAAUAGGACUAGGACGCCCAAAACUUCUGUGGCUUACUAUAAAAAAGUUGUCGAGACCCAUUGCUUAGUAGACACUUGUGAGGAAUAAACAAAAUAAUGUUUAGAUAUGUUGUUUUGUAGUUACUUUCAAAUAAAACUAAAAAUACAAA